GGCCCUCUACAACAACAGCCAGCCGACCGGAGACACUCCGAGUCCGAGCGGCAGCUAGCCCGUAACGGCCUGCUAUUAAAGUUCCCACAGGAAGAGGCAAGGGGGAACCAGAGCCGCGGCCGAGCUCAGGGCUUUUUUUUUUUUUUUAACAAGUUUUUGUAUUUUUACUAACACACUGGGAGACCUGUUAUUCCGAUAAGGUACGACAAUGCGAGCUAAAUUGACUGUCGCUUGUUUGGCUAUGAGACCAGCUCGGCUAAAGUGCUAACUAGUUAGCAUGAGCUCAGAGUGAAUGGAAUGAGGCUGUGAGUAAUAAUUGAAGGUGCCAAACGGGAAUCGGGAAGCUCGUGUGAGAAUCAACAGAAAAUGGCGGAACCGGAAAAAUUAAACAUCGACUCGAUCAUUCAGCGUCUUUUGGAAGUCAAGGGCUCACGGCCUGGCAAGAACGUGCAGCUGACAGAGACCGAGAUCCGUGGGCUGUGCCUGAAAUCUCGAGAGAUCUUCCUGAGCCAGCCCAUCCUGCUGGAGCUGGAGGCUCCCCUUAAAAUCUGCGGCGACGUCCACGGCCAGUACUACGACCUCCUGCGGCUGUUUGAGUACGGCGGAUUCCCACCAGAAAGCAACUAUCUGUUCCUGGGCGACUACGUGGACCGAGGCAAGCAGUCCCUGGAGACCAUCUGCCUGCUGCUUGCCUACAAAAUCAAGUACCCGGAGAACUUCUUCCUGCUGCGUGGCAACCACGAGUGCGCCUCCAUCAACCGAAUCUACGGCUUCUAUGACGAGUGCAAGCGAAGGUAUAACAUCAAACUGUGGAAAACCUUCACGGACUGCUUCAACUGUUUACCGGUGGCUGCUAUUGUCGAUGAGAAGAUCUUCUGCUGCCAUGGAGGCCUGUCGCCCGACCUGCAAUCCAUGGAGCAGAUCCGCCGAGUCAUGCGGCCCACCGACGUGCCCGACCAGGGUCUGCUGUGCGACCUGCUGUGGGCUGACCCUGACAAGGACGUGCUGGGCUGGGGGGAGAACGAUCGUGGCGUUUCCUUCACGUUCGGCGCCGAUGUGGUGGCGAAGUUUCUACACAAGCACGACAUGGACCUCAUAUGCAGGGCGCAUCAGGUGGUCGAGGAUGGCUACGAGUUCUUUGCCAAGAGGCAGCUGGUCACUCUCUUCUCAGCCCCCAAUUACUGCGGAGAGUUUGACAACGCCGGCGCCAUGAUGAGCGUCGACGAAACGCUCAUGUGCUCCUUCCAGAUCCUGAAGCCGGCGGAUAAGAAGUUGUAUCCUUAUGGUGGCGGCGCCGGGAUGGGAUCGGGGAGGCCUGUCACCCCGCCACGGAAUUCCGCAAAAGCCGCCAAGGCUAAGAAAUAACACCCACCGCUGGCUCCUCUCCCUCCUUUUCGCCACCCUCGAGUCCGCCUGAUGCUCUCAUUGUUCAUUUUCUCCUUUCUACCUCCCAAUUAUCUUUUUCUCCCAGAGGCAUUCAUUCAGUUUCCCAUCUGUGUGUGCGCGUAAUCACACAGAAAGUUUGUUUUCCUCAUUAUAUUUCGCCGCUCAACAAGUAAGCUCUUUCCAUCUUGGAGGUGUACCCACUGCAUUUUGUACACCAUCUUUUCCUAAUGGUGUUUAUCCGGUUAAGCUGGGGGGGCUUGCUGGCUGUAUGGGUGCACAGGCGGCACUCAUUCAAAAAGAUGCGAUUUAAGAUGUGAAACACUUUUUUGUUUUGUAGAUAUUUGAAAGCGAUGUGUCCUUUGGAAGCUGAAGCUUGAACUGGCACGUUUCCCACGUUGCAAAAACCACCUUGUGAUUAUGGCACUUAGCUUGUUGCGAAAUGAGGUGCAGGUGCAGCUGGUAAUAAAAAUAAUAAUGUUCAACUGCCACGUCACACUGUGGUGUUCAGGCCACGUUCAUGCUUGAGGCUUAACUUAUGGACUGCCGUACAAAUGGCAGCAAAAAGCUGACUUCUAAGCUUUUUGCUGGUCAAAACGGUCAAGAUUAGCAUCCCUGUAUGGGUGUGCGCUCUAAAAUGCAUUUAAGUAUAAUUUCCUGACAUUUCAGAUGGUUUUAAAAAGAAAAGAAAAAAAAAAAUUUUUUUUAAAACCAACUGAUGUAUGUAAGAGAGCAAAUAGCAUUUUUUUUUGUAUAAAAAAAUCUUUGGGCACAGUUGGUUUGGGACUCCAUAUUCUUUUCAUUCCUUAAAAUGGAUUAGUGUAAAUACGAUGCAAAGUAAACCUCUGUUUUUUUAAAUUGAUCAUAAAGGCGUUGCUAACUUAUGGCAUUAUUGGCUGGCAAGUCAAUAUCACGUGGUUCAGGUUUUGCUGCAGUACUGACCCACAAGUGUGAACGUGGCCUAAAAUGGGGAAUACUACUGGGGUGGGUGGUUACCGUGACAACUAACCAAAAGAGAUGAGAAAAAUAAGCGGCGGGGUUUUAAUUGACACAUCUUUUGCCUCUGCUUGUUUUUUUUUGAUGGGAUAACAAGAGCCAUAGAAAUUAACAUCACGUGUAUAAUAAGCGUAGUACAUGCAAACAGUAGAAAUCGUAAACAUUUGGCAAACAGGGUGUCACCACAAGCAAACAUUGCUUCUGUAGUCUUUCAGGGUUUCUUACAUUUUUUGGCCCUCUCUUCUUCGGUCUUUGUUGCCACGUUUGUCCUCAUCCUCCAUUUGAGUCUCGUUCGCAUUAGCGCCCAUCCACUGAGAUCAACUCAGGAAGUGAUCAGGAAAAUCCAAACCAUAUGUAUACAGACACGACACCAAAACCUUCCAGGAUAAAAAGUGUCACUGAGUAGAAUAGAGAAAGUCUAGGAAGAACUCUAAUUAACUGAUUAAUCUCAUCUAAAAGAAAAAAAGAUGAAAAAAGGUCCAAGAUGGCCACAUAAGGCCCCUUCCAUACUUUUCAUAAUAGCUGUACAGACAUGUGCUUUUUUUCUUUUUCUUUUUUUAAACGAUACAAAAGCAUUAAUCACUUUUUUCGUUCAUUGUUUUUACUGACAAAUGUGUAUCUCUCUGAUGUAGGAGUUUGUUUUUCAAGGAACGGAUUAGGGAUGUUUUGCAUCAUGUCCUUUCACUGGAUGUGUUAGCGCAGCAUCAGAUCAGUGGCGUAGCCAAGCUGGGGCAAGCCGGGGCGGCGCCCCGGUAAGGACUCCCUGCGCCCCGGUUAAAAAAAAAUUGCGCUUUUUCAUGCCGUUUUUUGUCUUUCGGUCUUGCGCGAAUGUGCUUGCGCUAUUCUAUGUGCGCGAUGUUAUCCAUUCACCGUUGGCCUCCCGGACCCGGUUGUUGUUUUAGCAAACAGCGAACGGCGUGGGUGAUGUUCGAUUUUUUUUUUUUUUUUUCUUUCCUGUGGGCGCGCGCCCCUACUGGAAAAAUUCCUGGCUACGCCUUUGCAUCAGAUCAUUCCCAUGGUAAAAAUAAAUAGAAAUAAGUGAAACUAAUAACAUGGAAAUUUUAUUUGUUUGUUAAUUUCACCAGUAGAUCUCGUCCCAUUGCAAUUUGUCUGUUAAAUGCAAAGAAAUUAAAAUAUAUACCUAGAAUUUGUA